CCGGAAGUAGAUCGUGCGCGUGCGCACACGGAGGGCGAAGGGACGGCGCUCAGCAUGGCGGACCCGGACCCAGAGUCGGAGCAGAUCCGCCUGAAGUGUAUCCGUAAGGAGGGCUUCUUCAUUGUGCCUCCGGAACACAGGCUUCCUGCCCACACAGCUGCACCUGUCUUUCAGCUGGGACGAUGCCGGAGUGUGAAGGAGUUUGAGAAGCUGAACCGCAUUGGCGAGGGCACCUAUGGCAUUGUGUAUCGGGCCCGGGACACCCAGACAGAUGAGACUGUUGCCCUGAAGAAGGUGCGGAUGGACAAGGAGAAGGAUGGCAUCCCCAUCAGCAGCCUGCGGGAGAUCACGCUGCUCCUGCGCCUACGCCACCCCAACAUCGUGGAGCUGAAGGAGGUGGUGGUGGGGAACCACCUGGAGAGCAUCUUCCUGGUGAUGGGUUACUGUGAGCAGGACCUGGCCAGCCUCCUGGAAAACAUGCCCACUCCUUUCUCUGAGGCCCAGGUCAAGUGCAUUGUGCUGCAGGUGCUCCGGGGACUCCAGUACCUGCACAGGAACUUCAUCAUCCACAGGGACCUGAAGGUCUCCAAUCUGCUCAUGACUGACAAGGGCUGUGUGAAGACAGCGGACUUUGGCCUGGCCCGGGCCUCUGGGGUCCCAAUGAAGCCAGUGACUCCCAAGGUGGUCACCCUCUGGUACCGUGCCCCUGAGCUGCUGCUGGGAACUACGACCCAGACCACCAGCAUCGACAUGUGGGCCGUGGGCUGCAUCCUGGCUGAGCUGUUGGCCCACAAGCCCCUGCUCCCUGGCACAUCUGAGAUCCACCAGGUUGACCUGAUUGUGCAGCUGCUGGGGACGCCCAGCGAGAACAUCUGGCCGGGCUUUUCCAAACUGCCACUGGUCAGCCAGUACAGCCUGAGGAAGCAGCCAUACAACAACCUCAAGCACAAGUUCCCAUGGCUCUCGGAGGCUGGGCUGCGUCUGCUGAAUUUCCUCUUCAUGUAUGAUCCCAAGAAAAGGGCAACAGCGGGGGACUGCUUGGAGAGCUCUUAUUUCAAGGAGAAGCCCCUGCCCUGCGAGCCAGAACUCAUGCCCACCUUCCCUCACCACCGAAAUAAGCGGGCUGCUCCAGGCGUGGCAGAGGGCCAGAGCAAAAGGUGCAAGCCCUGAUGGUGGCCACAUGCAGACUCCAGACCAGAGGUGUCCUGGGGAUCCGGCUCUCUCCAUGAACCACCUGCAGCUCUCCUGCCCAGCACCUGGCAGGGUGUGAGCCAUGGGUGAUGGGAGGGCUAGGCUGUUGCAGUGCCACCCAAGCCUGUUAAAGCUGCUGCAUGGAACCCAGGGAGAAUCCUGGCUCUAGGCUGUGCCCUGGCCUGGGAUCACUGUGGUCUUUGGGGCCAGCUAGGGCACAAACAGGCUCUGAUGACCCCCAGGUGGGGAUGGUGGGAGGAGGACACUGCUGAAAUGCUAGGGAGAAGUGGUGGGCUCCCACCCUGGGGCUGGAGAGAUAAAAGGCUUUCAAACAGA